GGGCCAGUCCCCGCGGCGCUGCAGCAGGAGAAGCGGUGUUCAGUGUCAGUACAAGCGGCUGUCAGUGCCGGACGCCUCGGACCUUCCGCACACACAGUCCGGUUCUCCUGUUGUACCAUCCCCAGGGUAUCGGCCGCUGCACGCCCCGCCUCCCGCACAUACACAAAGUUCCCGAGCUAUUCUCCUCCAGCGGGAAGUUUAGGCUGAGCCAUGUCUGCUGGCUGGGGCAUCUAGCACCGAGCGGCCGCACUCAUGACAGCGCUACUGCCGGGGACCAGCCGCCGCACACCGGGAGCCGCUGCUAGCCGGAGGGGCCGGACUGCUGGAGCCCCCCGUCUUGUUUUUUAAUAUUUUAUCCCGGGGGUCGCAAGCUCAGCUCGGGGAAGUAGCGACUGUUUGCUGUUUUAUUGCGUUUCAUUGACUCAGUACUAUUAUUAUUUAUAUAUUCUCCUUGGGGGACACAUUAUGGCGGUCAAAGCAGCUGCUCCAGGAAUCGGCAUCCUGCUGGUGACAGCCAACGUUGGGACCCUGUUUGAUGAUACUGAAAACUUACAAAAGAAUUGGCUUCGGGAAUUUUAUCAGGCUGUUCAUGCACAGAAACCUCAGUUCUUGUCUUUGCACUGUCAAGAAGUUGGUGGGAAAAAUUAUGAAGCUUCUAUGUCCUAUGUUGACAAACUAGUCAAAGAGCUACUGUCAAGUGAUGCCAUGAAAGAAUACAACAGAGCUCGAGUAUAUCUGGAUGAGAACUACAAGUCCCAAGAAAACUUCACGGCACUCGGAAACUUCUAUUUCCUUCAUGAGUCUCUAAAGAACGUAUAUCAGUAUGACUUCAAAGCAAAAAAGUACAGAAAAGUUACUGGGAAAGAGAUCUACUCAGAUACACUAGAAAGUACCCCAAUGCUGGAGAAAGAGAAAUUCCCACAAGAGUUCUUUCCAGAGAGUAAAUCAUCUAGAAAAGGCUUUAUUCGGACGCGAUGGUGUAUUACUGACUGUGCCUUCGAUUUGGUGAAUAUUCAUCUUUUCCAUGAUGCUUCCAAUUUAAUUGCAUGGGAAUCCAGCCCAUCUAUCUACUCAGGAAUUCGGCAGAAGGCUCUUAGUUAUGUUUUGAAUAGUAUAACAGAUCAUCGAUAUGAGAAAGUUCCCUACUUUGUAUUUGGAGAUUUUAACUUUCGAUUGGAUUUGAAAUCGGUGGUAGAGACACUUUGUGCAAAAGCAACAAUGCAAACGGUUCACGCAACAGACACCAACGCAAUAGAUAAGGUGAUAUUCCGAGAAUCGGAGAAUGACCACAAGGUUGUGCUGCAAUUAGAAAAGAAAUUAUUUGAUUAUUUUAAUCAGGAAGUUUUUAGAGAUAACAAUGGCAUUGCGCUUUUAGAAUUUGACAAGGAGUUGUCGGUGUUUAAAGACAGAUUGUAUGAACUGGACAUCACAUUUCCUCCCAGUUAUCCGUACAGUGAAGACAGUAGUCCAGGAAAACAGUACAUGAUACAAGAUGUCCAGCCUGGUUGAUCGAAUUUUGAUGUCACACUCUGCAAAAAGAACUGCUUUUAAAGUCUGAAAAUGAUGAGCGGAUAGUGACUUAUGAUAAUAUUGGGCCAAAUAUCUGCAUGGGGGACCACAAGCCUGUCUUCCUUUCCUUCCGAAUAGCUGCUGGGGCAGGUAAAGCUAAUGCACAUGUGCACAAGUGUUGUAUCGUGCAGUGAUGUGGUGCAAAAAGAUGCCCACAAAUCGAGAAGAUCUAUCGAGAGACCACAUUGUAAGGAUGUCAAUCCACAGGACCUACCAAGCUUCUAUGUUUUACAGCUGUCCUUAAAGUCCUUACAAACCACAUUUGUAAAUUGCGGAUCGUCCACUUGGCUUCUUCAGCAGACGAGUCUCACAUACCUCACCUCUUGUACGGUCCUACAACACCCAAUAGAUUUGUGGAUAUUUUUUUAUUUCACUCUUGUAUUGCCAAAACGCUAGUAGACCAUGCACACCCUAAGUCUCCGUUACAUGUAUGUGCAAAUUUACCGGGGGCCCAUGGGAGUAUAUAGUGUGCAUUUCAAAGCACUGUGAUUUUGUAAGGAAUUUCUCUCUGUUGUGCUGAAUUGUGGUGUGUUGCAAUGUUGCCAGCCUCAAUAAUAGUAUACAGAGUUCUGCAGUACUAGAGGAAAUACAUUGCAGAACACUUCCCUGUACUACCCGCGAAGAGUUCACGUAAACUUUAUUAUAUAUUUUGUAUGCUUUUAUUGAGUUUUUCUUUGGGUGAAACUCUGUUAAAAAUAUAUAUAGGGCAUUCUGCCUGUCAACAGAUCAUUUGGAACAGUGUGGGAAUUUUCUACAUUAAGUCAUCAUGAAUACUAAUUGUUUUUAAUGCAAUUUUAUAGUUGACCAAGGUUUUUGUACCUUGUGUUAGAUUAGGGUUGCGGCCACUAAAAGGCAGUAGUGACCAUGGGCACCCAUUAAUGACCAUUUAAAUCAUUUAGCAAAUAAUCAUGGCUUCACCUAUUUAGUAAAAACCCCACAAUCCCCCUUUAAAAUCCCACCUCAUUUGAAAGCCGUCUGCUCUGUAACUUCCACUGUUUAAUAGCAUUGUUUUUUCACUGUUCCAUGUUAUUUACUACACUGCCAUGUAACAUGGGUUUUUAAAUCCCACAGCAGCUGCUUGUCAUUUUUAUAAAUAUAUAAAUAUAUAUACUUUUAAAAAAGAAAAAAAAAUAAUUUAUAAAUUUUACCAAAACCUAUGCGAAGUAUUCUUUCCAGUAUGGAGUUGAGUGCCAUAUCAGUAACUAGCAUUCAGGAGUAGCAAUUUUAGAUAUCAGCAACCAAAAUUUAUAUAACUUUUUUGUCAUCCUAAAGGUAGAUCAUAUACAGUACAAUACAUAUAUAUAUUAGCAAUUUUCACUUUGUUACUCUUCUAAUAAAUUAUUUCUAUGUAAUAGUAAGUAUUGAAUGUGAAGUUUUUAGGUAGGUUUAGUAAGGUGUAUCUUUUAAAGAUUUUGUAUACUGUUGUGUCUAGUUUUUUGUUUUUUUUGUUUUUGUAUCACUGUGCCAAUUAAACGAUAAUAGCAUGGGAGACAUAUCAUAGCCUAUUCUGUUUUAAGGUAGACAUAGAUAUAAUGUGUAGAAAAAAUUGGGAAUGGAACCUCCCCAUAAAUGUCUGCAACAAGUCACACCUGUAACCUAAGAUUUCAGAGAACCUUACUACCCCUGUGUAUAACCUUAAAACAUGAUUAGAUAAUCUGUUGUAGAAACACCUUUUGAUCAUUGAUUCAUUUUGAACACUACAGAUUUUAUGGACUAUGCGGUGGAAUUUGAUUGAUGCUGGAUUUUUUAUUUUUAUUUUUUAAAUAUAAAUCACUACGUUUGGAAAUGAUUUUAUGUCCGCUUGCAAAAAUGUGUCCUCAGGACAAUACAAUCUGAGUUUGUACAAAUGUGUUAAAAGGGAGGAAGGUGGCCUUGUUACUUUGCCAAGUCUGAUGUAGACUUUUCACAGAAUUGUUUUCAUGUAAAUUAGAGAUUCCACUGAUGUGUUUUGUCUUUAUCACAAUUAGGCAACAAACUCUGGUUCUCAACUACAAGCAAUAAAUUGUUUGUGAUAUUG